GGCGCGGGCCGGAGUCGCGCCGGGUGGGCGGCGGGCCGGCAGUGGACCCCGCCGGCAGCUGCUGGGUCCUGAGGCGGCGGGGGUGGCGGUGGCCUGAUCUUCGCCCAGCCUCGGAGAAGCGACCUGCGCGUGGACCCCGCGCUCGGCGGGCUGCUCUCCGGCGACUAGCGCAGCCCGCGCUCGCCGAGGCUUUGUCACUCGCCUCUAGCUUCAUCCGCGGCCGUGGCUGCGCGAGCCUCCGGGCUUGCUCUCUCCGCCCAGCUGUCCUGCCUCCAGCCCUUAGCUGGGGGCGUGGGGUACGCAGCUGGAGCCCGAGCUAACAGCCGCGGAGCAUCCUUCGCCCGUCCCGGCCGCGCCACCGCCCAUGCUGCAGCCAGUCCAGGGCGGCGACCCUGUGGCCGCAGCCCGCCUCUCGGUGACCCUGCGCCCCGCCCGAGCCUUCCCCGCUGAGCCCCGGGCCCGGGAGCGGGACCCGCGCCCCGUGAUGGCUCGGCUGGCGCAGGUUGGCGCCGGGUGCCCGCCAUCCGCCCGCUGAGACGCGCCCGGCUGGGUACCGACGGGGCCUUGGCGCUCCCCGCUUCUCUUCCCCGCCGCGCCCUUCCCCCUUCUGGGGGCUCCGCCGCUCCUUCCCGGGGGCGAGGGCACAGGGGGCCGAGACAAAGCCCACUUUGUGCGGGGAGUUGGCUGCGGGCGUGGAAUGUGCGCGUCGGCGCGCGCCCCCUCCCCGCGCCCCGCCAGCUGCGAGUCUUGGCUCCCAGACUCGUCUCGUCGGAGAAAUCGCGCCCCCUCACCGCCCUCCGGUCCGGGGGUCCCGGCUUGGAGCUGACGCGGCCUGGAGUCGGGUCAGUCCCCCACCCCGGAGCGCGCGCAGGUGUGAGAGUGCGAUAUUUUGUAGUGGAAUUUGCUUUCCUUCAAAACUGGGAGCUGGGGCGCCCAGUCGGCGUGGGCACUCGUGCCUUGACCCUUUCGUGGCCGCAGACCUGAGCUGCCUGGCCUCAGUUUCCGUCUGACUUUCCUCUGCCAGCCCAGACUGCUGUCCGUUAUUGUUCUCGCCGUCAAAUGGGGGUGCUUUGUGAAAGCUGCCAAGUUGGGAAGUAUUCUCUAGAUCCCGUUUUUCAUAAAGAACAAGGCCUCUAAGGCUCAUCCGGGACAACCAACCCCCUCUGCCCCGCACUUCAUGUUGAGGCACUGAUUUUUUCCCCCCCAUCAAGUAGUAUUUUAUUGUACGGGAGCCACGCCCUGGUUUCUUAAAGGCGCCUUGCACUCUGUUUGGCCAUGUGUUAUCUCUGCAGCUGGUGUGUGGGAGGCCUCCUGUGAGCCACCUUUCUUACCCCUGUCCGCUGAGACAUCCUCCCACCCCCGUCAAGGAUUUGGGGAUGCCAGGGGGGAAGAAGGUGGUCGGGGGCGGCAGCAGCGGUGCUGCCCCCACUGCCGCUGCUGUCCCCUCUGGGGCCAGGCGUUUGGAAACCAGCGAAGGAGCCUCAGCCCAGAGAGAUGAUGAGCCAGAAGAAGAAGGGGAAGAAGACCUGCGAGAUGGAGGCAUCCCCUUCUUUAUCAACCGGGGUGGGCUGCCUGUGGACGAGGCCACCUGGGAGAGGAUGUGGAAGCACGUGGCUAAGAUCCACCCCGAUGGAGAGAAGGUGGCUCAGCGGAUCCGUGGGGCCAUGGACCUGCCCAAGAGUCCUGAAAUCCCCCAAGAAAAGCCAAUUGGACAGAGGUCAGAGCCCCAGGCACAGGUCCUGCCUGCUCAGAUUCCCAUACCGAGUGUGCCUACGUUCCAGCCCUCUACUCCUGUCCCUGAGCGCCUGGAAGCUGUGCAGCGCUACAUCAGGGAGCUGCAGUACAAUCACACAGGGACGCAGUUCUUUGAAAUUAAGAAGCGCAGACCUCUGACAGGGCUGAUGGACCUGGCCAAGGAAAUGACCAAAGAGGCUCUGCCAAUCAAAUGCCUGGAAGCCGUGAUCCUGGGAAUUUACCUCACCAACAGCAUGCCUACCCUGGAACGCUUCCCCAUCAGCUUCAAGACCUACUUCUCAGGGAACUACUUCCGCCACAUCGUGCUGGGGGUGAACUUCGGCGGCCGCUACGGGGCGCUGGGCAUGAGCCGGCGCGAGGACCUGAUGUACAAGCCGCCGGCCUUCCGCACCCUCAGCGAGCUCGUGCUGGACUACGAGGCCGCCUACAGCCGCUGCUGGCACGUGUUGAAGAAGGUGAAGCUGGGCCAGUGCGUGUCCCACGACCCGCACAGCGUGGAGCAGAUCGAGUGGAAGCACUCGGUCCUGGACGUGGAGAGGCUGGGCCGCGAGGACUUCCGCAAGGAGCUGGAGCGGCACGCCCGCGACAUGCGGCUCAAGAUUGGCAAAGGGACCGGCCCUCCCUCCCCCACCAAGGACCGCAAGAAGGAUGUGUCCUCCCCACAGCGGGGCCAGUCUAGCCCCCACCGCAGGAACAGCCGCAGUGAAAGGCGGCCUUCUGGUGAGAAGAAGCCUUCGGAGCCCAAAGCCAUGCCAGACCUCAAUGGGUACCAGAUCCGGGUGUGAGGCAGGCGGCAGUGCCCCAGCUGCACCCACUUCUGGGGGCCGGCAUCUGCCUGCCAGAACCGGCCUCGCUCCUGGGGAAAUUGGGGCUGAUGGUGGGGCAGGGUGAGGGGCAGCGGGAAGAGCGUGUCCCAGCUCAGCCACCCAAGAUGCUGCCCCUCCUGCUGGGCCAAUCCCCCUAACUUUGGACCACGAGGCAGUGAAGAGUUUAAUUUUGAGUUUUUAACUCAACAACUGAAAUUUAAGGUAUUUGGGGAAAAAACUUAAAACUAAUGGAUCUGCCAGUGGCUGGAAGGCCAGUGCUUAGAGGAUCUAAGCGCCACAGUGCUGGGUGAGGAGGGGUUGCUGGCUCUGCUGGUACCCCUGCCCCAAGGUCUCUCUGGGAUUUGGGUCCAUUCCAUCUAUGGGAAACCUCCCAGCUCUGCUAGGCCUGUGGCAGGAUGGAGGGAGGGAUGUUUCUCCAGUCCUGUCUGCCCUGGCAGAAUCUUCACCCAGGGAAAGGAAAGCAGGGUAGGAACCACCCUGAGAAAGGGCUGUAUGGCCCAUAUCAGGAGCUUAGCACAGGCCACAUCUGCCCCAAGAGCCAGAGCCUGUGGCUCAGGAGGGUCCUCGGGCCCUUGCAGCCCCAUGAACAGUGCUUUGUGGGCUGACAUUGCCUCGUGGCAGGGCCCAUGCUGGGAUGGGAUGGACGAGAGCCCAGGAGAGAACCACUGGGGGAAGGGUUCCCGGACCCCUACCUGGCCUCCUUGCUCAGCCCAGCUCUGCCUGUUGCUGAAGCCGGGGCCUCCCUGCAGAGGGGCUGGGCUCUGCCAAGGGCCCAGAUAUGCACUGGGCUCAGCAUGACUGUGGGGACUGAAUAGACCUGGUGGGUCCAGGAACCAUGGCUGGGGAUGGGGUGGGCCACUCAGGCCCAGGUCUGUCCCCCUGGUAGGUAGUCCCCAGGGACUGCUCCCCCUUCCUAUUACCUUAGCCCUUGCUGGGGAAAUGAAGACCAGAUCAGGCUGCCUGUGUCCCAGCCCUACCUUCCCUCAUUCAGCAGCCUGGGUAGGUGUGGAGGGCCCAGUGAUGAUCAGGCCUGUUGUGUGAGGCAGCUCAUCAGGGAAGAAGCUGAGCUGCUGGCGUCUGCACAGCCUGCCUGGCAGGUGUGAGAUACCUGGCGGGCAGGUGAGAGGUUGUGGAGAGAGGUUGGAGGGCCUGCGGGAAGGUUCUGGAGGCCCAAGUAACAAAGAGGUGUAGGUCAAGGGGGCAGUGCGGCCACUAAGGAGAGGCAGGGCCCGAGAACUGGAGAAUGUAAGUGAGAAAAGAAUGUGGGGGAGAGUUUAGAAUCAGGCGGCCUUGGGGAGUAGUGAGUUCCCUAUUGCUGGAGGUAUUCAAGCAAAGACUAGAUGGCUGCUUGUCAUCUUGAAAGCUAUAGAAAGGAUUUAGGUUAUGGAAGGAUAACUGGAUGAGAUGACCAUUAAGGUUUCUUAAUACUGAGAGGCUAGGAUUCAGCCAGGGGCAGCUGGCAGUAAGGCUGCAGCGGGGCUGGGGGCCUGGAAGAGGGAGGACCAGAGCCAGAGUUGUAAACUCAAAUGCCUGCGGGGCCUGGCAGAUGACUAAAAGGAGGACUGCAGGGCUGGGUGGGGAUUGUGGCAAAUUAAUGAAGACAUACCCCAUUAAAGCAGCCGCUGUUGCUCAGCCAUUCUGAGCGCAGGCCCUGCAGUAUCAGAUUGCCUGAUUUUUUUUGUUGUUGAGAGGCCAGAACUCUGAAUUUUUAUGUGAAAUAUGCUGAUUUUUAAAUGUUGGCAGUCAGUUCAGAAAGUUGUAAAGCCCAACGUGAAAAAGAAUGCUGGUUUGUAAUCUCUGAAGUAGAGAGGGCUUGGGCUGGGGAGAGGUCCACCAAGGUACUUUGAGGUGGAAAGCGUGAAAAGUUGUAGGCCUCCCAGAGCAGGCCGGGCCAGGGCAGCGUCCUCGCUGCUGACGCUGCUCAGAGUGGGCAGCUACCCCACGUUCAUGUUCGCUCUCCCUGCAGACCAGAGACAUACCAGGAACUCCCUGCGGUUGCUGAGACACCAGAGGGUGUGGAGUGGAAUAGAAAUAGUGCAAUUCUCAGCCUGCCAGGGAGAUGGAUUGUGCCUGAGAAGCAAAGAAAGGGAGAGAGGGAGACAGGAUGUGUUUGCUGACGCAAGUGCCCGCCAGGGAAGGCACCAGGCUGGCAGCUCUUAACACCAGCAGCUCUUGGCCCAGAGCCAGGCCCAACAGGGAAGCCGGCUGCUCAGUCCCCUGGGUUUCUCAUGGGUCACUGGGCCCUGGGGAGGUGCCUAACCUGUCCCCCGGACUACACCCCAGCCAGACCAAUCCGAGGGCCACUGUGAGCUCUAACUCACCAUCCCAUCCCAUCCCAGUUUUCAGGGAGAGGGGUGGUGGGUCCCCACGUUCACACAUUCGCCUGAGGCAGAGAUGGAUCCGUUUGGGAGGCGUGAGGCUGAAAGUGAGGACUUUUGUGGGUCUGGAUGUGGGUGCCUUGUGCAGGCUGCUCAUCGACAGACACCCCAGAUGCCCCUGUGGACCACAGGGCUUGAGGGUGAGACGUGAGGGAACCGCUCCUGGUAUGGGAGCCCAGCAGGGUGCUCUGACCCUCUGGCUCCUUCCUGAGCCCUUUGGGGAGAAGGAAGCAGGUCGAAGCCCCAACCCCUACUGCUGUCUUCCAGGGAGGGAGCCGACCACCCACAGCUGAUAACCCCCUAGCACUCCCCCUUCCUCGCUCAGACCUCGGGCCUGUGGACACCCACAGGAUACAGCGGUGCUUUUUAAUUUAACUGUUUCACAGAUGUAGCAACCCCUCCUCCCCUCCUGGGUGUGUUUACACAGGCUCUGCUCCCCAGGGCUGGCCUGGCUGCAGAGUUUCUGGGGAGGCAGAGGCAGGGACUUCAGGGCCUUAGUCACCAUCCUCAGUAUCACCUCAUCUCAAUUCCUGUGAGGGACCGGGCCUCGCUCCUCCCGACUCAGGACUGCCUUCCAGCUCUCAGCGUGGGUUCCUCAGGGGUAGGGGCUGCUGGCUGGGGAGGGGUCAAGGGAAGGGCAGAGAAAGCUGCUUGAUGAAGGGGGGUCGGCAAGGGCGGGCAGUGAUUGCUCCCCAAGGCCUGGCUGCUUGUGCUCUGUGCUGGGUGCCGGGUCAGAACACUGGGAAACUGGGUUUCAAGCCUUCCCACCCACCUACCUGCCAGUCCUCUCCCUCCCACGGCCUCAGUACGGUCAUGGUCCCCUCGCCCAUCUCGCCAGCCAACCCAUCCUUCCUGGGCCUGGCCAAGUGGGGAGAGCGGCUCCCCCGGCCCCCAGGUGCCAUGAUGAAGCCUAGGGCCAAGGUUCUGAGCAGCAGAAAGAGCCUGGAGGUUGGCCAUAUCUGGUUUCUGGCCCACUCUGUCAUCUUAUGCCCCCCGCUUAUGCCCCCAUCUUAUGCCAACGCUUCCAGCUCGGACCGGACUUCCCGGCCCAGGGACGGGGUCUAAUUCUGGCUGGUGGCACCCAGAGGCCUGUGUGCCUGUGCAUGCCUCGGUCUCCUGCCUGGGUGGUUUCCAGCUUAGCUACAGCGGCUUCCCCAGGCACCGCCCCCCGGCCUCUGAGUAUAGGGAGGUGUGAGCUGGGCCCAGCAUAUCGACCACGUUCUGUGUGCCAGAAGUGGGCUGUGUUGAAAUCCCCACUUCCCUUGCUCCACUGAGAAACCAGUGGGAAGGGCAGGGAGAUCCUCUGGGGGAGCGUGGGGUGGGAGGUGAGGUCUGCCCCCGGCCAGGCAGGGCUGCUGCGGUGCUAGCUCCAAGUCCAUCAGUAUUGACCCGCUCGCCCCAUCUUGGUGCUCCAGAGUCCCAAGUUCCCCUUUUUCUUCAAGUCUGAUGAGAGAAGAAAUCGGGUGCGCUUGGCCUGGGGCCUAGUGAUGGUGCACGGCCCCUCCCUCGAGCUCUGUGUUGGCUGCCAUGUUGUACUGGACUUUGUUCCCCUUCUUCUCAUAUCAGUGUUGGCCCUCCCCCUUUGACUUUUACACUUCGUCUCAUUCCUGUUCUCACUUUUUCCUUGAAAUGAAUAAAGUCUCCCCAGCUCAGCUGUGUGGGCUGGGAGGAAGCCCCAGUUUGUAAACCUUGUCUUCUUCUCUCUGGGAGCUGAGGCUGGAGCUGCCCCACCCACCAAUGUCAGCCUCGGCAGCUCCGGAGAGAACCUGCCCGGAGGUGAGGAGAGCCCCAAACAAGCCAACAGGACACCUCACAGCCCCUGCAGUCAUGAUAAAACUUCUGGGGUCCCAGACUGUCACCCUCAGCCUGCUGAAGCCACUCAGCUCUUGCUAAUCCUAAUCUGGGAGAUCUUUCCUGCUGGCUGUAAACGAAUGCAUUCUCCCUCACACAGCCAGUUCAGCCCCCAGAGGCGCAGGAUGCAUUCCAGAGCCCUGCUCUUCCUGUCCUAGUCCCCAGCAGUCCAUCAGGAACAGAAGAGGAAGGCUGGGUGUUCUCCUGGGAGAUGAGGCUAUUUCAGGAAACCAUAGCAACAGGGAUCUGCAGUCCCUUCUUAUCACAGUUGCCAGUGCAGAAUCUAUGGUGGUUAAAGCCACAGCUUUGGAAAACACCGCUGGUUCCACCCUUCUUCCUCUACACUGUCCCUCCAGCUCUGGACCUCUUCCCAAUGCUUUAAGGCAAGUCCAAACAAUUACAACCAGACCUGCACAGAAAUAUCUUUUAGACCCCACAGCAUUUUUCACCUUUAACCCUUCCUCCCUGUUUCUCUGGUCUCCUUUCAUUCAGCUUGGGAGUAAAACCUAGACUUAUAAGAGGAGGGAGUAUAUUUCCUACUUCUUAUCCCAGCCAAUCCUUAUCCCAAACAACACUAGAAGUGUUGUUUAGCACAGCAAGAGUCCCUCACUUUCGGUAGCAUGGUGGUGAGGCAUGGCCACUGGGAAGAGGAGGGGUGGUCCGGUGGAAUCCAUGAACAUCUUAGACUGUACGCCAUUAAAAAGAGGCAGUUAUGUUAAUUACAGGUUCAUUUAAAUCCAGCUUAAACGAUAACGAAAAAGAGCCUUUCAAUAAACCAGAGUUUAUGAAUAACUUGGAUUAUACACCUUCACACAAAGGCAGUCUUGAAAUUUACACAUUCAAGUCCAGCUAAAGUACCAAGUAAAGGGCCUUGUGGGUGGACUGCAAUGAGAUGGGCCCAUACACAGUAGGCCCCUGGAGUGCUCUCGUGAAAGGAGGGCUGGGUUAAGUGCGGUGAGUCUGUAUGAGUCAACCAGGCUCACCAUGGACACUGCCUGGCCACUUUCUUAGAACUGACGCAGAGGUAAGUACCAAUUGUGGACUCCCAAGAGGACCAGAACCCAACUUGCUGGGGGGAUUACCGCAUUUCCUUCUGCUCCCUUUCUUUCAAGCUCACAGCAUGUGCCUGCCUAGUUUAGGCACAUGACUAAAGUGGGUCGGACCUUUAAAUGCAGGUGGCACUUCUCAGAGCCCUGGACGUGAAGAGAUUGAAGCUCUGCACCCAUAUCUGCCAGGAUCUGACAUCUUGACCACGACUGUGGAGGGCAGUGGUGACAGGAAGUGCUGGUCAUACCAAAGACCAAGCCAACUGGGCCACAUGCAGGCUGCCUGGUAACCCUUAUAGUGUUCGCCAAGGGGGUGAGGGGCCCGCUGAGGCCUGGCAGGUGGUUGGAGAUGGGCCACCUCAGGUGGGCUGAGGGACAGCGCUCUGAGCAGCCCACAUGGGAAUGUGCACUCCCUCCAACCCCCAGCCAGAAAGGACCUGGUCACGGGAAAGACAAAACCUCCAAGUGUGGAGACUCCACUCUUCUCUCCGCAGCUGUGUGAGGCCUCUGGCCUUAUGGGCACAGGAACUGACUAGGGAUGGGGCAGAAGGCAGAGUUCCCAAUUAAGGUCACGUUCUCCUAACCUGGGAGAGAUCACCCUACCAGGUUCUCAUCUGGCUGGCUGGCCCUUGCCUGGGAUAGUUUUGUUUUGCUCUCUCUCCCCGGGUGGAAACUAGAGGAGGUGGGCCCCUGCUGCUCCCAGAAGACGGGAAGCCAUGCUUUGCCUUAUGUAGCCAAUCAGAAAACAAUCCUCUAGUCCAGCAGCUACACCAGGGCAAGAACUGGGGAGAAAAACCAGGGUUUAAAAACAAGCCAGCAGAGGACUGGUUGGUCAUUUCCCUUCUCCCAGCCCCAGCCCCAUGUAUCUGCCUUAGAAGACAACCUGUCUCUUCUACUCCCAGGAAAGGCUGUGUUCUGAGGAGUUGGGUGGCAAGAAAUAAAGGAGAUUCUCAGUUUACCUCUUUGGGAUCUCUGUUUCCUUGGAUAUAAAGGUAAGAUAUGCACACCUGAACUGCCACCUUGUAGUGCAACUGUCUACUGGUCAUGGAAGUGGAAGCACUCUGGAAACUGAAUCAAAGUGCCGUGCAGAUGCUCCAUGACUCACCUCAACCAGGGGGAAGCCCUCCAGGCCAGGAAAGGGGUCUCUGGGAACAUACCUCAAAGCUUAGGAGCUAUAAAAUAAUUCCAAGCCCCCAGGGCCAAUUGUCCAGGCUGACUAGGGAGAACUACCCACCCUCAAUUCCUAUUGUAACCAGUAAUUACCAAUUAUUGUAAUUACCAGUAAUACUCUGGGAUUUUUAGCAUCCCUUCAAAUAACGUAAUUUCAGAUCUGAAAAUUCCUCACACAUGGAAAAGAAUAUUACUUUUAAUUUCUCUUUCACCAAGAUAUGUGCAACAUAGGGAGGGGUUAAGUUACCCACAAUCACCAAGUGACCAGGCCAAGAUGACAAGUGGUGUUCCUAAUCCCUGGCUAAAUCCCAGCCCAGGUGGUUCAACUGGUACCCAGGUAGCUUUAAAUAACCCAGAUUCUCAGGUACUGAUUCAGAG